GCCUUCUUUGCCUUCACUCACCUCAUCGGCCCCUCGCGGCUCCGUGGUACUUUCCUGACGCCGCCAAUCAUCAUGGCCUCGUCGUCCUCGUCGUCUUCUCGCCGCCUUGUUAGCAGCCGCGAUGCUGCGCGGUUUGGCGGCGGCAGAACCAAUGGCAACGGCAACGGUAGCAGUAACGGUAGCGGCAACGGCAGCACGAGCAUCAGCACGAGCAACAACCUCGUCGGAUCCCUCGUCGAUGGCAUGCGUGCUGCCAAUCACAUCAACUCAGUCGUCGAUGAAUGGCCCAUGUACUCCUCUCAGCCAGACGACUACGACUUGGGCGAUAUCAUUGGUCUGGGCGCAUCCUCCAUCGUCUACCAGGCCGCCUUCCACCCGCUUCAGGGCAGAGCAUGCGCCGUCAAGGUCAUCGACCUCGAGGCAUUUGGCAGGGACACCGAUGAGCUCAGGAGAGAGACUCAGCUUAUGUCCCUCUCCAAGCAUCCAAAUGUGCUGAGGGUUAGAGGAUGUUGGGUCGUUGGAUCGAAGCUGCACAUCGCUACACGCUUGAUGAACAGCGGAUCUCUCCUCGACAUUAUGCGGUUCGGAUAUCAGGACGGGCUCUCAGAGGAUGUCAUCUGUGCCAUUCUCAAACAGGCAUUGCAGGGUCUGGCUUAUCUCCACGUCAAUGGCUGGCUGCACAGAGAUCUCAAGUCCGCCAACCUCCUCGUCGACGACGACGGCACCGUUCUACUGGGCGACUUUGGCGUAGGUGCCAUGAUGGGUGACAAUGACGCCAAGACGUCCAAGGGCAAACGAAAGUCCUUUGUCGGCACCCCCUGUUGGAUGGCCCCCGAAGUUGUCGAACGCCGUCACUACGACUCGAAAGCCGACAUCUGGUCGUUCGGUAUCACGGCUCUCGAGCUUAGUCAAGGACACGCUCCUCACUCCCGCCUGCCUCCGGUCAAGGUACUCCUCAAGACUCUCAGCGAAGACCCGCCCCAGCUCGAUCGCACGGGUGGCGCACACAAGUACUCGAAGCAGUUCGACGACUUCAUCCGGUCAUGCCUCCAAAAGGACCCAGAGAAACGCCCCACCGCAGAAAGGCUACUCAAGCAUCCCUUCCUCAAAGGCGCUAAACCGCCUCGUCACCUCGCCAGCACUAUCCUUGUCAAUCUCCCUCCCCUCGCAGAAAGGCAGGAGAACAGGAGAAGAGCAAUGUCCAUGGCCUCGCUCAGGGCAGGACAGUCGUGGGACUUUGGAGCUUCACCGCCUGCCUCGUUGAGGGUCAAGACGGACGGUGGCGGUGACCCUUUUGCUGGCUUUACGGAUAACAUCACAAGCCCUGGCCCCAGUCCUUGGAACAGCCUCAAGCGGCCCGGCGUACCGCGUCCUGCCUCCGCUACCACGCUAGUCAGCAUCGAUGGAGAACAUGCCAUUGCGGUACAGGGAAGCGAUGAUGAGGCAGACGCAAGCGCGCCUACGCAGCCACACCCUCUUCUCUCCCGCUUCCAACCACCUACGGGCCCACUCAGCUUGAUGUCCCCCUCCCCGACCACCUCCUCGAUAUCGAUGCGCAGACGCAAGAGCGUAAGUUUCGACGCCUCCGCCGGACCAGAGGAGACAGGCUUCCCCACAUCACGAUCGGAUGGACUAGAGAAUAUAGACGAAGCCCCAGCAGCAGGCGGAACGACCACAUCCGACUCGCCAUCCACUUCGGCAACUACCUCGACAGAUACGACGGCAACUACGCAGCAUACGGUGGAGGAUGAGCAGAAGGAGAAAUUGGAGAAAUUGAGAAUCGCGUGAGCAUCGCAUCGAAUCGCAUCGCGUCGUUUACACAUCAUACCUUGCUUCACCUCAUGUGCAUGUACAUACGACCUCUCGCGGCGAGCAAUGCGAUGCGCAGGCAAAGCUGUCAGUCGCGACGUCCGUCUU